AAUUUCAGGAAGAAAGUUGUAUGUGCUACGUGUCCAAGAGCUUUUUUCUCUCCUCCGCUCGCUGCUAUUUAACUCGUCCUCCGAUCUUCACAGACUUCACACUACACUGGACCUGAAACGCAACGAUCGAGCAGUGGCAACAUGUCUGAGACCAAAAAGCAGAAAACGGUCAACAAGACUGAACAUGAUACAUGGAGGAAAGAGACUGUCCAUUAAAAGUUUCUGCUCUGCAGAACUGGACACAAGUGAGUCAGAGUCAGCUGUAGCGUUUCCGGCGUGCCAAAGGGCAACCAACGUUGUAUACCAGGCACACCAUGUGAGCAGGAGCAAAAGAGGCCAAAUCGUGGGAACCAGAGGUGGUUUUCGAGGUUGCACUGUGUGGCUAACAGGGCUGUCUGGUGCAGGGAAGACUACAGUUGGUUUUGCUUUAGAGGAGUACCUAGUUUCCCAUGGCAUUCCAUGCUAUUCUCUUGAUGGUGACAACAUUCGUCAUGGUCUGAACAAGAAUCUGGGUUUCACUACAACAGACAGAGAAGAGAACAUCCGCCGUGUUGCAGAGGUGGCCAAGCUGUUUGCUGAUGCCGGCUUGGUUUGCAUCACUAGCUUCAUCUCUCCUUUUGCAAAGGACCGAAAUGAAGCAAGGAAGGUUCACGAGGUUUCGAACCUGAAGUUCUUCGAGGUGUUCGUGAAUGCGCCACUGGAGGUGUGCGAGAGCAGGGAUGUCAAAGGGCUUUAUAAAAAGGCCCGUGCUGGAGAGAUUAAAGGCUUCACAGGGAUUGACUCUGAGUACGAGAAACCAGAUUCCCCAGAGCUUAUACUGAAGACAGGAGAGCUCACGGUGAAUGAGUGCAUUCAGCAAGUGGUGGAUCUGCUUAAAGAACAGGGAAUCGUGCCCAUUGGUCUGACAGAGGAGGUCAAUGAGCUGUUUGUCCCUGAAAACAAGAUGGAUUUGUUGCGGAGUGAUGCCAACAUACUUCCUACUGUAAACAUCACCAAGUUGGAUCUUCAGUGGGUUCAAGUAUUGGCAGAAGGCUGGGCUACUCCUCUGAAAGGGUUUAUGAGGGAAAGGGAGUUCCUGCAGGUCCUUCACUUUGGCAGUCUACUUGAUGGUGGCACCAUCAACCUUUCUAUACCAAUUGUCCUACCAGUGUCCAAGGAAGACAAAGACCGGUUGGAUGGUUGUGCUGCUUUUGCCUUGGAGUAUAAGGGUCGAAGAGUGGCCAUAAUGAGGAACCCUGAGUUUUAUGGGCACCGUAAGGAGGAACGCUGUGCCAGACAGUGGGGCACCACAUGUCCCCAACACCCUUAUAUCAAGAUGGUUAUGGAAAGUGGUGAUUGGUUGGCUGGUGGAGAUUUGGAGGUGUUGGAGCGAAUCAAAUGGAAUGAUGGUUUAGACCAAUACCGUCUCACACCGAAGGAGCUCAAACGAAAGUUUAAGGGAAUGGGAGCAGAUGCAGUCUUUGCCUUCCAGCUGCGAAACCCAGUGCACAACGGCCACGCGCUCCUGAUGCAGGACACCAGGAAGAAGCUGCUCGCGCGUGGCUACAAAAAGCCUGUGCUGCUGUUGCACCCGCUGGGAGGCUGGACCAAAGAGGACGACGUGCCGCUGGACUGGCGCAUGAAGCAGCAUGCUGCUGUUCUUGAGGAUGGUGUGCUAGAUCCUGCCAGCACCAUUGUAGCCAUCUUCCCCUCGCCCAUGAUGUAUGCUGGUCCCACAGAGGUGCAAUGGCACUGCAGGGCCAGAAUGAUAGCCGGUUCCAACUUUUACAUUGUGGGCCGUGACCCAGCGGGCAUGCCCCAUCCAGAGACUAAAGAGGACCUAUAUGAGCCCUCACAUGGUGGCAAAGUGCUGACCAUGGCACCAGGCCUCACUUCUGUUGAAAUCAUUCCAUUCAGAGUUGCUGCUUACAAUAAAGUGAAGAAAGCAAUGGACUUCUAUGACAAAGACAGGCACAGUGACUUUGACUUCAUCUCUGGAACGAAAAUGAGGAAACUGGCUUGCAGUGGGGAGAAUCCUCCAGAUGGUUUCAUGGCACCCAAGGCAUGGAAGGUCCUCACCGAGUAUUAUGGCUCCCUCCAAAAAAAUUAACAUAAGGCAGUAAAAUCACAAAUGGCAACAGCUAAUUGCUAUCCAUUCAGGUUUAUAUAUAAAUUAUAGGGUCCAAUAUAUUUAUAAUGCAAGUCCUCUUAACUAAAAAAAAAAGUUUGUAUUUGUUCUGUACAAUAUUUAAAACAGAUUAUUUUAAAUACAUGUUUGUGUCGAUUUUAUAAAGCAAAUUUAGGGUUUGUGUCAGCAUUUCAUGCAGUGGACCAUUACCUAGGAAGUUUUUCACCAUAGUAUUUUGUAAUCAUUUGUUAUAUUAAUUGACACCACAAGAUUUAAAAAAAAUACAUUUGUCAUUUACAUUUUAUUAAAUAUACAUCUAUUUAGUGUUUUAAUUCUAAUCUUAAUCAAAGCAUUACACUGCAGCAUAAUGCUUAAUAAAAGCAGAUUGAACUCCUUCAAAACUGUAAUGUACCUCAAAAAACAAUGUGAACUACUCAAAUUAACAUUCAGUUUUUAUACGUCCAUUUUGUUAUGUGCCUGCAAUUAUUUUUCCAUAUUCAAGAUUAACCUGUACAUAAUUUCUUAAUGUAAAGAAAACUGAUUAUGGAAUCACCACACUUGGAGGAUGUUCACAUUUUUUGUUUAAAGUGCACCUAUUAUAGUUUUUCAGAUAUUACCUUUCAUGUAGUGUGUUAUGUAGCUGUUUGUGAAUGUAAAAAAAGUUUCAAAAAUCAAAGUGCACAACGCAAAGUUUCAAAAAUCAAAGUGCACAACAAAAAGAAGGAACCGAUUCUGAACAGCUGAAACGAGUCGUUAGUAAUUCCAGACUUACUUCCUGUACUAGCCUACGUAGGUUUGUAACAAAAACCCCGCCUCUGGUCUUCACUGGCUGCUCGCUGACAAACGGAGCUGAAACCCAUUAUAGUAGUGGGCGUUUCCUUUUUGGACACACACUGACAGCGGUAGACCAAUCGCAACAGACUGGGACAUCUGACCAAUCAGAGCAGAGUAUGCUCUCUGAAAGGUGGAGUUUAGAAUGAAGCUUGGUGAACAUCCUCUACGUGUGGCUAUUCCAUAUUAUUUUGUCAGGGGUUUUAUGCAAAACUAACUCAAAAUGAUGUCCAAGUCUAUGAGGAUAUUCAGAGUGCUUUAGGAUCCAUGUGAAGGACAAAACAAUAGGGAAAAAAAAUUAAUUUAUUGGCUCGUCUUGAUAAAGUAACAACCUUAACUUAUUUAUUACACUACAGUAAAUGAAUAGUUUAAAUGGUACCUUUUAUUCAUACUUGUAUGUACUCUUCUCUGAUUGUUUUCAUCAUGGUUAAUACUACCAAUAAAAUCCAGUAGUACACAAAACAUUUGUUUUCCAGUGUGUGUCUCCAAACUGUUACACAGCAUUAUUUUAAUAACAGAAAAUUGAAAAGAUUGAGAUACAGUGUUUACUAAGAAAUAUAUACAUACUAUAAGAGCUGUACUGAUUGCUCAUGGUGUUUAUCGUAACUUCCAUUCUACUUUUCUUCCUCUUUGCAGAAAAUAUUU